AUGAGCUCAAAGAAUUUGAAUGUAUUUUAUAUUCCUGUAGGACUCACUUCGUUCCAGAAGGAUUUGAUUGAAAUAUUGAUUUCUAUACAUUCUAAAGCAUUUAAAACAGAGUUGGGCAUUGGUGAAGGCGAUUCUGUAAAGGCAGAAGAAGAUCGGAAGGAUACAAAUACCAGUUUGACUACACUAUCUAAUAUACAGAUGACAUAUAUGUUUGAUAGUGGUAUAUGGAGCGUUUUAAACCAUCCAUGUCUGAUUGUGGACCACUAUAUGCCAAGACAGUUCUUGUUAAUGGAGCCUACUGAAAGAUUGAUAAAUUCAAGUGAUAAAUUUAAACAAUUAGAUAUGUUUUUAACCAGUUUACUAUCUAGAAAUCGUACAACAUUUCCAGGUGUUGUUAAAAUUGCAUUGGUUUCACACGGUGUGAGAGAGUUAGAUUUGUUGGAAAGCUAUAUAUUGGGUAAGAAAUUAAAAAUAUUAAGACUAUCUGGGAAGUCUCUUUAUAAAGAAGGUUAUCAAUAUCCGGUUUCUUCUGAAAAUAAUAAACAGAAGAGUAAAAGAAGGAAAAAAGAUUCUUCUUCUGAUUCAUCGUCUUCCCAUGAUUCUUCUCCAAACACUACCGCAGCCAACAGAUAUACAGGUUAUGCUAAGGAUGACUAUGAUUAUUCAUCGAAAAGGAACAAGAAUCUUGAUAGCAAAGAAGAGAAAGAAGAUUGGAUAUUUUUAACAACUUCAAACCAUUUAUUAAACAAUCCUAAAUUACUUUCAGAAUACGAUAUUGAUAUUAUUAUCAGUUUUGAUCCUUUGUUAGAUCCAAAUAUGGAAGCAUUUAAGAAUAUAAAAAAUCUCAAGAAUAAUAAAACUGCCAAAAAAUUAUCAAUUAUAAAACUAGUCGUUAAGGAUUCGCCAGAUCAUUUUAUUUUACAUAAAAAAAUGUCAUAUAAAAAAGAUAAUUACCAGAAUAUUUUAAAAUCGAUUACCCAUUUCUUACUGACUAGAGAAAGUGUAAUUCCAACAACUACAAUAGCCUGCAAAUCGAAUGAGAAAAUAGAAACGACAGAAAGAUAUCCAAAAAUUGCCUAUAGAGAAUUCAUAGAAAAACUUUUACUAGGAGAAGAUAUCAAACGUAUUCUCCCUGAAUUAGAGUUGAGUACUAACACACAUUUAAACGAUGAGGAUGAGAUUCUUAAAUGUUGCAAAAGUACAUUAUGUCCACUGGAUUAUUCUGAUUUACAGUUAGAUAAUGACACCACUAUUACAAACAUUAAGACUUACCAAUCCACUUUAAUGAAGAGAACCAUAGAGAGAAUGAAAUCUUUACAAAAUGAUUAUGGGAUUAAAAAAAAUAUCAUAUUGAAUAAGAGAGUUGAAGAAACAAACAUUCAAAACAGCUUUGAUGAACUAAAACAUUCGAUAGGUGAAACAUUUAAAAAGUCACAAGAAAUGGAAAAACUGGCAAAUAAUUCUGAAAAGACUUUGGAAAAAGCACAAUCUGAAAAAGAUAAAUUAAAGGCCAAACUUACUAAAUUACAGUCCAAAAAAUUAGAAUUAUCAAAACUAUUGAGUGCCGAAACUGAUUCAGCGGUAUCAGAUCUUAAGACUAAUUAUUUGUCACAAAUUGAAAAUUUUACUAAAGAAUUUGAACAAAUUAAAAAAAUUAAUGAUGAUUUAUCUAAGAAGAAUGAUGAUUUAAGAUUAGAUUACCAACAAAAGUCUUCAAAAGCUGCAGAACUUGCACAAACAUUGAAAUCAGAAAUAGAAAGACAUGAUAGUUUGAAAAAAUUACUAGAAGGACCCACUGCUUCUUUGGAAUACCAAAGUGCUGUUGAUUUAGAAAAAAGGCUACUCAAUGACAAAUUGAAUUUAAAAAAUGAAAACAAUUUAUUGAAAAGUUACAUGGAACAAGUGAAGAAACAAUAUGAAGCUAAUAGAACCGGUGGUUUGAAAGCAACAUCAUCUUCAUCAGCUACCAAUUCACCAAAUUCCUCAUCGAGUGAUACUCCAAGUAAUCAAACUUCUACCAACAAAUACGGAAGACAAAGAAGUACUAGAUAG